AAUAAACAGGCUUUUAUUUUCAAGGAGACUCCCAGAUUAAUGUUUUGCCACUCUGUAUUUGCGCGGUGCAUGUUGGGAAACUGAUGUUUUUUUGGCCUCACUACUCGCGCAGUGCAUGCCGGGUGCCCUCCUUCCCUCGAACUUAACUUUCGCCUCAGGAGUUGCGCGGUGCAUGCUGGGAACUGACGGUCUUUAUUGUUUUUCCCUCAGUACUCUCGCAGUGUAUGCCGGGUAGCUCCUUCCCCUCACGCUUAGGUACUUUGUUUCUCCCCCUCAGAGGAGUUGUGCGAUGCAUGCUGGGAACGGACUCCAUUUUCCCUCCUCAGUACUCUCGCAGUGCAUGCCGGGAGCCGUAGUCCCUCCCCUUGGUCAAUUGCUGCGCGGCACGCCGGGAACAGUAGUCCCCUGAGGCCAUAUGGGUUGCAUGAGGUAACAUGGCGGCGGCUCAGCAGCAGCAACAGCAGCAGCAGUUGACCCUAUUGCAGGCGCAAGUGGGGCCUCCUUCUGCUUCGUCCGCCGCCGCUGGAGCCUCCACCUCGGCUCCUGGCUCUGGCGCUGGAGGGCAAGCGGGGCCGGGACAGGGCACAGCGGUAGCGGCUCCCUUAGCGGUGGGCCAGGCUCCAUCUGGGAUACAAGUGGCCGCGCAGGCGCAGGAUUUCGACCCGGUGCAGCGCUUCCGCCUUUUGCUGCCGCAGCUGAAGGAGAGCCUCCAGAACCUGAUGAAAGUAGCUGCUCAGAACUUUGUGCAGAACACAAACAUCGACAGUGGCCAAAAAAGCAACGAUGGCCCUGUUCAGAGAGUGGACAAGAGCCUAGAAGAAUUCUAUGCCUUGUGUGACCAGCUAGAACUCUGCCUGCGCCUAGCCUACGAGUGCCUCUCCCAGAGUUUCGACAGCGCCAAGCACUCCCCGACCCUCGUCCCAACGGCCACCAAGCCGGACGCGGUCCAGACAGAGAGCCUUCCCUACACCCAGUACCUCAGCAUGAUCAAGUCCCAGAUCUCAUGUGCCAAGGAUAUCCACAACGCCCUCCUCGAGUGCUCCAACAAGAUCACCGGCAAAGUGCCCUCCCAGGGGGUGCUGUAACCAGAGGUGCCAACCAAGCCCAUGGCUUCUGGCUUAGAACUCACUGGGCCUGUCUGCUGGAGCCCAGGAGAGGGUGGCACAGCCAACGCGAACUGGGUGCAGAGCUUCUUAGUCUGGCUCCUGCAUCUGCCCUUGGUUUCUUUCCCCUUUUUGUUUGACUGGGAUUCACCAAGCUGUUUCCUAUUUUGGGUUUUUUUUUUCAGUCUAGGUUGCUAGCCCUAUUGUUCACGCUCCUGUUUGUGUACCGCAGGGUUGAGGGAAGUGUGACCCAUGUGCCACAUGUGGGCUGCUAACACCACCCUUGAGAUCUGUACACUGCACAGGGUUUGGAGUUGUUUGGUUACAGGUUGGUUUUGUGAACUGCAGAGAAGGCUUUAUGGAGUUUUGAAGGGCACAAGCUCCCUCUUGGAUUUACCUGGCUGUUCUCAAUCCACCAUUUCAGAUUUGUGGAUGGACCUUAAGGAACAUCUCAUAAUAGGAGCAACCACCCACUGUUAGUAACUGUUCCUCUGGCUAUGUGUUUUUAUCAUUCCAUCAGCUGUUUGGUUUGCACUCCUUCCAGACAAAGUGGGUCUGGAAACAGACUUUGCAAAGUUCCCUCAAGCAUCCCUCCCAGAAGGAAUCACUGUGAAGGGAGAUUUCCCCCCAGACCCCCUUGACAUUUUUCACCUUGACUUCCAUGUAAGUCAAGGUAACUUGGGGGCCAAUUGCCAACUGUCGCAUCCUUGUGCACAUACACCAAACUUCACCUGAAGCCCAAAUGCCAUGGUUUUCCUCUGCAGUCCCUCUCAAAAUAGUGACGGAUGUGAUGCCACAUCACUUCUUCUCAUCAUUUUGAGAAGGCCUAUAGAGGCAAAAUGGAGAUACUUGGGACAGGUCUGCAGUGCUUGUGAGGGUAUUGUCAUGUGUUGUCAUGCGUUUGUGUGGUUUAGUGGUAAAAGCUGCCUGAAAAUCACACCUUUAAAAAAAAUAGAACGGCCUAUUGGAACUGGUGAGGGACUUUAGGAACCCCAAAUUAGGGUCUAGGGACUGCAUGUGCCAGCAGGCAGAGCUUUGUCCAUCCCUGAUGUGGGUCUUUGUUUAUGUACAAGUGUGUGAUGUUACCUUUUUCUGUCAUUGGAUAAAUAUCUCUGGAAAUCAGAUAUCCUGGGCCUGGAUAUAAAAUGCCUAAGUCUGUACUUUCCCUUCUUAAUGUGUGUUCAGAAGAAAGCAUGUCAGUAUCACAGAAUGUGUCCCAGGGAUCUUGGUUCAAGUUGGACAUGCUCCUCCAAACUCUCUUUGUUGUACUGGGAAUGAAUUCUGCUCUUAAUGGGUUUUCUUGUGGUCCCAAAGCAAACCCUCCUGUCUGGGGACUUAACAUCUUACAACUCAAGAGACCUUAAAGGUCUCUUUCACAGUACACCAUUUUGAGACCCUUUUGAAUGUCAUGGCAGCAUCCAGUGAACUCCUGGGAUUUGCCAUUUGAUGGAGGUAUUUAGAAUUCACCACCAGAGAGCUCUGUGCCCUCAACAAGCUAUGAAUCCCAUGAAGCCACCGUGCCAGUUCUCAAAAUGCUGUAACGGUGUGGUUUGAAAGGGUUUGGGAAUUGUGAUCCCUUAAAAACCACCCAAGAGAGUCCCUUUUCAGAGAAAGGAACCUGAGAGCUGGACUGUAACGUUGAUAUUCGCCCUGCCUGACCCCCGCCCCACGCUUUCUCUUUGUGGGUGGGUACCUCCUUCCCUAUUUCUUGCGGGUUUCACUACCGUUUUUUUGUGAGAACUCAGAGAAUAGGGCAGCACCAAGCGGGAGGAAAUGUGUCAUUCUCUAUAGGGAAGGAUCAACACGUCCCUUGUUCUCUGAACUCCCAUUGUGCAAGAAUUUUCUCAUAGCAACCACCUUCGUUUCUUUGUUAGCAUGAGUAUGUGUAUAUAUAUGUUUGAAUUUUCUUAAGUGUUCUUUUCAAAAUCAGUUUUCUUAUCUAACCGGCCUCUUGUUGACUCAGACGAAGGAGUUUCUUGGGUUUGUACGGCGACUUAUCCGGAGGGUGGCUUUUGAUUUAUUUCCCUCCCAAAUAAAAACUGAAAUAACACCUCUGACCAUCCCCAGUGCGCCAUCGCUCUGCGAUACAUGGAUUCUUCUGCUGCAUGUGGAUGAACACUUGUUUAUUUUAUUGUUCCCAAACUUUGGUCUUCCAGAUGUUUGGGACUUCAGCUCCCAGAAUUCCUGACUAUUGGCCAAGCUGGCUGGGGCUUCUAGGAGCUGAAGUCCCAAACACCUGGAGGACUAAAGUUUGGGAAUCACUGCUGGGCAUUUGACACAAAGCUAACAGCUUAUAUAGUUUUGGGUGAGUUUUUCGGGCUAUGAGGCCGUGUCCUAGAAGAGUUUAUUCCUGACGUUUCGCCAGCAGCUGUGGCUGGCAUCUUCAGAGAAGAUGGAGAAACAUCAGGAAUAAACUCUUCUAGAAUAUUGGCCACAUAGCUUGAAUAUUUUAAAAAGCAGCUGAAAAGUGGGAUGAUGGAGGAUGAUGAAUGAAAAUCAGGACAGUUCAACAUCCCUUCCAAAUUGGGACAGUUGCAGGAGAUAUGAGAGGCUUUAAAAGUCUGGGCAGCUUAGAAAGAAACAGGCCCAUCCCACCCGCUUCCAGCAAAACUUGGCCCAAUCCAUCACAAGUGCCUCUGUGGUUUCUUUGGCUUGCCAAGAAAAGGACAAGGCUGGCUUCUGUUUCCCUUGCCCACGCUUGUGCACCUGGUUCCUCCGCAAACUCCACAUGGGAGCUUUUAUAUAUAUAUAAAUUUUUCCAAGAAGCAGAGAGGAAGAAAGGGACAUCCAGUUCUCUGUAGUAGGACUUGUGGCCGGAAAAGCACCGUUGCAUCACAGCAGCCCGGUGUGUGCCUCUCCCCCCCAAUCUCUCUUCCCUAGAUUUUGUAUUUUUUUUACAAUCCAGCAGCUCAAUCCUGGAAAAAACCAGCAGCCUCUUGGUACCUUCUCCCUUGCUUGCAGUCAUGUCUCAAGGCCUUUCUCCCCACCCUGCUUUUGGGAGGAAGAAGGGGGCAGAGAAAACCACAGUGGCCCAGAGAGAACAGCUUGUCCCAAGUUGUUUUGGCUGCACCUCUUUCCUCUCUUUUUGGCGCUGGGAGCCAGAGAGGGAGGGAGAGGGUGAGAUAUUGGAAAAAGGCAAUUCCUGCCAAACCGCAGGCCUCGAGAAAAGGGAAAAAAAGAUCCCCGUUUGGCAUUCCCAAAGGGGCUCAUUCCCCCAAGGAUGGCCAAAGGUGGAUUCCAAGAAUGACACAUCACCGCUUUGCUUUGAGCUCAGGAGUCAAACCAUGUUGCAAAGCACUGGUCUGUUUGGACAGCAUCAAGCUUAUUUAUGUUGUGUGCCUUCGAGCCAUUUUUGACUUCUGGCGACCCUAAGGCAAACCUAUCCUGGGGUUUUCUUGGCAAGGUUUGUUUGGACGAGGUUUGCUAUUGCUUUCUUCUGAGUGCAAACUGUUUUUGCAGGAAUUGGAGUAGGCUGAGGACAAAGCCAGAGGAGGAGAGACAGACCAGGGCAAUUUAAAAGCAACUGUAAAAGUGGGAUGAUAGAGGAUUAUUCUAGACUGUCUCUACUAAAGUGGGGACCAUAUAUCUUCAGCACUUUUGAUUUGUUGUUGUUGUGUGUCUUCCAAGUCAUUUCCAACUUAUGGUGACUCUAAAGCAAACCUAUCAUGGGGUUUUCUUGGCCAGAUUUGUUCAGAGGAGGUUUGCCAUUGCCUUUCCCUGAGGCUGAGAGAGUGUGACUUGACCAAGGGCACCCAGUGGGUUUCAUGGGCAAGUUGGGAUUCAAACCUAUACACACACACACUCCAUGGGUUUUUAAUUUCCCAGUUCCCUAAUUCAAAGCAUUGCUCCAGCAGAUAAGGAAGCCAAGGGCAAACAUUGUCCCUGAGUGUCUAUCUGCAAAAACAAAAAUUUCCAAGUGGUUUAUCAGACUCUUUGGCUUUAUGCGCAGGUGCCUGCAUUUCUCCAAGAAACUCCAGCUGCCGCUGCUGCCGCCACCCGAACCCAGCUCUUGGAAAGUAACAAUCCUGUCAUUGUUUAAUCCAGGGAUGAAUCAAAACCCAAGACAAGGUCCUGUGUGUAAAGCAUCUGCCAAAAGGUCGACUCACUUCUCAGCUCCCAAGGGAAAAAGCUAGCAUUAAACAGAAAGCAGAGUAUUUUGUUCACCAAGCUCAGGAAAGUCCCUUUCUUUGGACUACAGCUCCCAUUAUCCCCCUCCCUGGCCAGCAUGGUGGGAGUUGCAGUCCAAAAAGAAACCUUCUCAAUGAAACUUCAGAUCCCACCUCUCUUCCUUUUUGGCUUGUCUCACCAGCAAAAGUCUAAGGGCCUGGAAAUUGGCCUCAGUUCACAUGCUCAGAGGCACUCUCCUUUUACUAUGGCACAGAUUUCAGUCCCACACAGGACAGGGUGACCACAUGUCCUCCUUUUCCAGGACAGAUCCUCCAUUUCAACCUUCUGCCCAGGAGGAAUCCCAGCAUGUCCUCCAUUCAGAGCAUGGCUAAGAAGCAUGCAUUGAUAUUUCUAUGAGCACUUUUUUUAGCUUUUGUUUGGGAAUCUAUAUUUUUCAUGAAUGUCCUAUAUUUUGCAGUGCCUUGUCCUCCUUUGUGGUUAGGACCUCUGGUCGCCGGAACAUCCCAAGAUUCCUUCAGAACUGAAACUUCUGGGAGUGCAUCUGCACUGUAGAAAUAAUGCAGUUCGAUGCCACUUUAAGGGCUGUAGGGCUUAUGAAAUCCUAGCUUUUGUAGGUUUGCAAGGUUGUUGGACUUGUCUGCCAAAGAGUGCUGCUGCCUCACAAAACUACAAAUCCCAGGAUUUGAAAGGAUGGAACUGGGGCAGUUAAAGUGGUGUCAAACUGCGUUAUUUCUACGGUGCAGAUGCACUUUGGGUUGUUGGUGUGAGGCCACUUUGGUUAAUGUUUUGCAGAAAGUGAAGGUCUGAAGUCCAGCUAUGCACCCUUCAUUUGCAAAUCUCCUUUUUGGCCUGAUGGGGGCACACUUUUCCCUGUCUUCUAGUACUAGAUUGAACCUUGGUUUUGCGAUCAUUAAAGACUGAGGAAUGA